AGCUGAGUUUAUCUUUAUCUUUUUCAGAACCGGCAAAAUGGCUUCACGUUUUGUCAAGUCUCCCGUAGUUCAAACCACCGCUAAGAGGCAGUACGCCGCUCAGGCCGUCGCUAAAACUGAGCAUGUCGUUCCAAAACCUGAAGCUCUGAAGGUUUCUACCCUGAAGAACGGAGUUAUCGUCGCCUCCAUCGAGAACCACGGCCCCGUCACCUCUCUGGGAGUUGUUGUUAAAGCUGGUUCCAGGAAUGAGAGUUACGAGAACUCCGGUAUCAGUCACAUGCUCCGGGUCUCCUCAGGACUAGCAACCAAGAAUAACACCGCCUUCGGUAUUACUAGGAACCUGCAGCAGGCUGGAGCUGGUCUAGUUUGUACUCAGGGUAGGGAACACACCCUGUAUUCGGUUCAGACUACGAGAAACAACACUGACAUGGCGGUGGACUACCUGACUGACAUAGUGAGCAACCAGGCCUUUAAACCCUGGGAGCUGGGGGACAACCUCCCUAGGUUGAAGCUUGAGCUUGCUCAGGUUUCUCCCAGCGCUCAGGCUCUUGAACUCCUACACCUUGCAUCCUUCAGGACUGGACUGGGUAACUCCUUGUUCUGUGCUGGUCACAAGGUUGGAUCCCACACACCUGCCCAGCUACAGCAGUUCGUUGCUAAACAUUACACCACCGGUAGAACUGCAGUGGUCGGAGUAGGAGUUUCUCAUGCUGCUCUUACUAAGUACGCCGAGCUGUUGAACCUGGAGGAGGGUGCUGGACCCAGCAGCCUAGCCUCUAAGUUCAAUGCUGGAGAGGAGAGGAGGGAGACUGGAGGCAGCCUCGCAUACGUUGCUCUAGCUGCAUCUGUUCCAGGAGCAACCAGCGUCAAGGAGGCCCUGGCCUGUAUGCUUCUGCAGAGGAUUCUAGGUAUGGGAGCUCAGAUCAAGAGAGGAAACGGACAGGGGAAACUAGCAAAAGCUGCAGCUGCUGCCUCCGCCUCAAACCACUCCGUCGGAGCUAUCGGACCAAUGUACAGUGACUCCGGUCUUCUUGGAGCUCUGAUUGUUGCCGAGGGUGGAGCAGCUGGUAAGGUUGUAUCUGCUGUUGCAGCUGCAUUAAGAAGUGCAUCUGUUACCGAAGCCGAGGUUGCCGCCGCCAAGAAGAACCUGAUCGCUGACGUACUCUCAGUUCAGGAUAAUGCCGCUAGCCUCAUCGAGGAUAUUGGAACUCAGGUUCUUCUUGCUGGAGAUGUAAUCCAGGCUAACAAGGUUCCCGAGCUCGUCAGUGGAGUCAGUGUUGCUGAUGUUCAAGCCGCAGCGAAGCGUCUGGCUGGAUCUAAGCUUUCUAUGGGAGCUGUUGGAAACCUCUCAACCACUCCUUAUGUAGACUCCCUCUAGAUAUGUUAAUAUAUAUAAUAGCAGUGAACUUCAACGAAAUAAUAAUUUAUAAAUAAAAUCUAGACUUUGAAACGA